CUGACCCCAAACUAAAAUGUAUAUACACAAUUUUAUAUACGUGUAUGUGUGUCUGUAUAUAUUAGUUUCUCAAUGUGGCCUCUCUAAAACAUAACAAACUCUCUUUCUCUUUCUCUCUCUUUUUUCUUGUCAAAAAAUUACUAUCCAAAUGGAUCAACGCAUCGCCGCAAUCCCCGUGUUCCGGUGGUCUAGGAGCCGUCGAAAGAUUCAUAUCCGUCGCCGUAAGUCGCAGGUGGUACGUCUUGGUGGGAAGAACAGUGCGGUGUCACGUGGCGGAUUCUCGUUAAAGAAGAUGGUAAGGAGGAUGAAGCUGAGAUGGUUGAAGCUACACUACGUGAGAGUUGUGAAGAAGAUAAAAGUGUUUUAUCGUAAUUUGGUUAAAGAGUUCGUAGACGCAGGAGCUGAGCUUGAAGCGAUUCAGCAGCGAAUGGCGGUUGAAGCGGCUGCGUUUGCGGUUCCCGGUUUAGGUCUCUCUUUCUCUUCUUUUUCAGUCCAUGACCGAGCACGGUAUUUUCUUGUAUAGCCAAAAUUAUAUUCUUUGUAACUUUGUAUUAUUUUUCCUGUUGUAUCUUAUAUAACUAUUUUAUUGUAAUUUGUUAAAUUUUAGAAUCAUCCCUGGUUGUGUC